CUAUGCGGAUUUCACCGCUGACUGUCUGCAUGCCCGAGCGGCGCGCAUCAUCCACCGCAGGCAGCCACAGACUAUUGAUGGGAACACUGUGAUCGGAUCAACUUUCACGUUUACCGGAUAUAGGAGCGGAUAGAAGGGGGAAAACUGCCCUGCUUGGCCGAAGGGGUUAUUACCGGGACUUAUAGAGGAGAGGAUGCUCAAGGCGAGAGGUGAGCAAUGGGCAAGGGGCGUCCUAUAACUCCUGACAGAGAAGAGGAGCCUUUCAUUGCCAUAGCUACCUCUCCUCCCCUUGUCCACGUUCCCCCUUUCACCCCGUCUCUUCAUCUGUUAAGUGUUGUUUUUUUACAUUUUGCUAUCCCUCCACAUCCUCCAUAACCUGUCACCCAUGACAACCUCAGCCCUGCGCCGGCAGGUGAAGAAUAUCGUGCACAACUAUUCAGAAGCGGAGAUCAAGGUUCGUGAAGCCACUUCGGAUGAUCCAUGGGGCCCGUCCUCGUCUCUCAUGUCAGAGAUCGCUGACUUGACCUUCAAUGUGGUGGCGUUUGCUGAGGUCAUGGGCAUGGUGUGGAAACGCCUGAACGACAGCGGCAAGAACUGGAGGCACGUUUACAAGGCCCUGACUCUGUUGGAUUACCUGCUGAAGACAGGAUCAGAGAGAGUGGCCCAACAGUGCCGUGAGAACGCUUUCACUAUUCAGACGCUACGUGACUUCCAGUACAUGGACCGUGACGGCAGAGAUCCAGGGGGCCAACGUGAGGGAAAAAGCCCCGCCAACUGGUAGUGUCUCCUUCGGGACGAGGAGACUGCUAGGAUCAGGAGGGAGGAGUCAGGCCUGAAGACCAAGGAGCGAAUGGCUGGGGGAGGCAGUGGAGGGAGCGGAGGGGUGUAUGGAGGUAUACCCACCAUGUCUUACCACCCAGGCAGGCGGACAAGCCAGCCCAGCAUGGCUGUGCUUUACUGGGAGGAGUUCAGCCGCUCCCGAGGCUCUCCAUCUUCAUUAACUGUGACCUCGUCCUCGUCCCCUCGCGCCGCCUCAGACCUGGAGCAGGCUCGACCUCAGACCAGCGGCGAGGAGGAGCUGCAGCUGCAGUUAGCUUUAGCCAUGAGCAGGGAGGAGAGUCAGAAGGACCAGUGCUGUCGCCAAGGAGACGAGUCUCUGUUACAGAAGGCCCUGGAUGAGAGCAGGAGAGAGAGUGAGUCGGGUACACAGGAGUCCGCCAUGCUGGAGCUGGUGGACAUAUUUGGCCAAUCAUCCGAGGCCCCUCCCCCGCCUCAUGACCCUUGGAACUCGACCCAACCCAGCGAUGACGUCUCCUCGGACCCCUGGGACUCUGUAGCGGUCCAAUCCAGCACUCCUGUGAUUGGUAGCCCUUGGACGGCCCCUCCCUCCUCCUCCAAUGCGUCCAAUCCUUGGGCUCCAUGUGAAGACUCACACACAGACCCCUGGGAAGCUCCGCCCGUCUCCUCCAGUCCUGUCAAUCAUGCGUGGGACAGCCCAACAGACGGAGAUGGUGACGGGGAAGAUCCGUUCGCUGCACAGGAAGAGGAGAAUCCUAAACAGGAAGUUCCUCAGCUGUCCUCCCCUCAACCUGCUAGUCCCACAGAUGAAGAGCUGUUUGGAGUGAAGGCAGACUCCGACCCAUUUUCCGGAGCAGAUUUUAACCCCGAUCCGUUUGGGAGCGACCCUCCUGUGAACCCUCUGGUAAACGGACGAGAGUCGACCAGCCCGGAGAUCUUUGACCUGUCCCGGCUCGCGCCCCCCCUCAGCGCCCCUGCUUCACGGUUGUGUCGAACCCCAGAAGCCUUCCUGGGACCUACGGGGGCCUCGCUGGUUAAUUUAGACGCACUUAUACCCUCCAACCCCGCCAGCAAGAUGCACAACAACCCCUUCCUCUUAGGUCUGAGCACCCCAUCUCCCACCAACCCGUUCCACUGCGACCAGCCUCGCCUCACCCUCAACCAGAUGCGACCGUGCUCCACAUCCCCCCUGCCCCCCCACAUGCUCUCCUACAGCCCGUCGCUGCCCCUCCCGCUGCACCACCAGCCCUCCGCCCUCCCCUCCUCCCUCACACAGCCUCACGCAGGACUCCUGGGCCUCCCCUCCAACCUCCCCCAGCCCCUCCUGCCCCUCUCCCCCCGCCGGGCGCAGCACACUCAGUCACAGACACACAGCCACAACCCCUUCCUCUGA